AUGGAAUCUUUGGAGUUGGAUUACAGUUUUCUGGUAUAUGGAGAAAACUUUGAAAGAGCGGAAAUCAACAGAGAGAAGCUACUUAACAUCACCUGGCAAACACUUAAUGAACUCGGCAUAAUCCGGACUGACCACCAGGAUAUCAUAUUAAAAGCAGUCGCUAAUAUUUAUAGAAAAAGCAAAGUUGAAGAGCAAGCCAUGCAAGGAGAAGAUCAGAAUGACAAAAAGAUGCCUACCAGAUUCAGAAAACAAAGUGAACAUCUUGAGCAUGCUAUUGAUCGUGUUCUUGUCAUGAUAUCGGAAAGAAGAAGGACUCGUACUCUCCAUGGCGCUAAUGAACAACCACCUCAUAACAUUCUUACAGCUGCUCUUGAACUGAUUAAUAUGGUCAAGAUGAUACUAAACACUCUGGAAAGGCCUCCAUUUGAUUGCAUGUCAGAGUUUUCCAGUCUGAAAAGCCAUCUCAUUAAACAUAUCACAUUACUGAAACAUUUCUCUGAACAGUCUGAUCUCAGCCAUGAAAUGGAAUCUGAUAUGAUAGAUGUGUGCAAGGGUGUGACUAAAAUCUGUCAUUACCUAAUGGCUCUGCCACCUGAUCUUGCAGGACCAGAAACACAAAUUCCAAAAUUUAUUACCCCAGAAGAGAAGCCACCUCGAGAGCAAGUGCGAAUUGCCAUUGAACCUGAAGCAAUGAAUUUCUCAAUGGAACAUGGACCUGACUAUGUGCCUCCAGCUCGACAUCUAUCAAUGCCAAUAACUACAGCUAGCUCAUCAAGUGAACCCAUAUUUCCCCUUCAAGGUAUAUCCCUUCAAAAUGAAAUAGCACCUGACAGAUUUGAAUAUUUUUCUCCAAAAAUGCUCAACACUCAAAGUAAUGAAGGAGCAGUUAUGAUGCCACGUGAUGAAGGAAACAAAUUUGAAACAGAAAUUUCUGAUACAAAAGAUUCUGAAACUUCAGCUGGUUCUUUGCACCAUAAAAGUCUCCAAGACCUAACAGUAAUUGAAAGUGACACGCCUCUGCUGGACUCUGGCUCUGAGAGAUGUGCGAUGGAUUCUGACUCUGAUAGAGGCAUUGGUUUGGACUCUGACUUAGAGCAACACUCGAAAGACUCUGACUCAAUAUUAUGGGGAAUGGACUCAGACUCAGAAAAACAUCUCAUGGACUCAGACUCUGUGAAAUGCCAAGCAGAAAAAUACCAAAUGGCUUCAGGCUCUGGGAAAGACCUUAUGGAGUCGGAGCAACACCUAGUAGGAGUUGAACAAUGCUGGGUGGACUUUGACUCUCUGAAACACUGGAUGGACUUAGAUUCAGAAAACUGCUUGGAAGAUUCUGACUCUGAAGAAUAUGUGAUGGACUCUGACAGUGAAAAACCUGAGAUAGACUCAGACUCAGAAAAAUACCCCAUAGCUUCUGCAUCUGUGAAACACCUGCUGAAGGCAGAAAAAUGCCAAAUGGCCUUAGAUUCUGUAAAACGCCUGAUGGAAUCUGAAAAAAGAUUGAUGGAGACUGAACAACACUGGAUGUUCUCUGCUUCUGAGAGGUAUGUGAUGGACUCAGACGUGGAAAGUGAUGGAAUGGACUCAGCUUCUGCACCUGGGGUACAUUUGAUGGGAGAAGAAAAACACCAGGAGAAGACUAGAUCUAAGAUAUAUAUGAUGGACUCUGAGUCUGAAACAUGUAGGAUGGAUUCAGAAAGAUAUGGGCUAGCCUCAGGAGCUGUGAAAUGUCUCAUGGAUGCUAAAACAUCCCAGUUGAGCACUGACACUGAGAAGCGCUGGAUGGAUUUUUGGUCUGAAAGACGCACAAAAGACUUAGAUUCUGAAAGCCUGGGGAUAGCUUCUGAUUCUGUGAAACACAUGAUGAAGGCUGAAAAUUGCCAAAGGGCCUCUCACUUGGAAAAAUUCUGGAUGGACCUCAGGUCUGAAUCUGAAAGAUGCUGGACUGAUUCUGAAAGACAAGAGUUGGACUUUGGCUAUGGAAGAUGCUGGGACAGCUCUAGAAUAUAUCGACAUAGGUCUGCAAGACUUCAGGGUAGCUCUGAAAGAUGUCAGGAUGACUUUCAAAAAGAGUGGGAUAACUUAGAAAGACAUGAAAUAGACUCUGAUUCUGAAAAACAUCAAGGAAAUUCUGAUAAUGAAAGAUACCAAAAUAAGUUUGAAAGUGAAAGACACAUGAUGAAGAUGAAGAGGAAACAGUGUCUGAUACAAUCUGAAAAUCAGAGACUUCAAGUGGAUGAAAAGAGGGAAAGAUAUCUUGUGGAGUCUGACAGCGAAAAAGAGCACAGGAUUGUAUCUGACAAUGAAAGACACCACCUUGACUCAGAAAAUGAAGCGCAACGGCUUGGUGCUCGCAGAAAGGAUAAUCGUCCUCAGGGUUUUUGGAGGCCUGUUUUCCUGUCACCUCCGCUUGGCCAAGGAAGGGAAACCGAAGAACAACACUCAGUGCAACAAAUUGAUAACAAAGUUUCCAGAAUUCAACUUAUAAGAUACCUGAGUGAUGACAAGAUUGUGAGAUUCAAAGAGGUUUCUCCAACUCUCACUCAUAAGCAAGACUCACAGCCAAAGUUAAAGGAAAAGCACAGCCACAACCCUUAUCCAGACCGAAACACAUUCAUGGAUAACAAGCAUCACAGAAAUGCCAGCUACAAAAUUUCUGUCUCUAAGAGUCGUUGCAAGAACUAUAGAUACCAACAGAGUUUUCAGAGUUCUGGGUUUCAGAUGAAUUCUAUUCAUCUCCUAAGUGCUGAGGAUUACACCUCUGAAGUUUCAGCACCCGCCUGCCACCCCACCUCCAUGAGCCCUUGGUCUGCUGUAUGCCUUAAGACUCACACUGGAGCUCCAAUAUGUUCCAAAUGUUUCAUGGAAAUCAAUAAUUCUUUUCAUAAAUGUCUCAUGAAUUCUGAUGAUGAUUCAGACCCUGACUGUCCUUUACAUUUCCAAAUUUCCUUGGAUUCUAAAUAUUUUCUGAACCCCAAAUCUAUUAAACACUGCAAGACUUCUCAGAACAGACCUUUAUCUCAAUCCCUGGAUCCUAAGCAUCCUGUGGACAUCCAGUGCCCUCUACACCAGGAGGAUUCUAAAUAUUCCUUGGGUUCGACUACUUAUUUACCUUGUAAAAGUUGCUCAGCUCUCCAAAAUCUCAUAGAUUCUACUGUUACCCAUACCUUUCCCCUGAAUCCUCAAAAUACCAUGGCCCACCGUAAUACCCCUGACCCAGACAAUGUUAUCAACACUAGCAAUGUUGCUAGCCUUAAAAGUGAGGGCAAGUUUAACCUUAUUGCCAAACUUGAAAAUGAGGCCAAUCCUGACAAUGAGACUAAACUGGUCAGUGCUGGCAAUCUCAAAGAUAAGGCCAAUGCCGAAGACAAGCCUCUUCUCAAAGAUGACACAGACUGUGAAGAUGAGACAGACUCCGAAGAUGACAAAGAUUCUGAAGAUGAAAUAGACUCUGAAGAUGAAAACAACACCAAAGAUAAGAAAGAUCCCAAAGAUAAGUCUGACCCUGAUGACACUGAUCCCAAAGAUAGCAAUGCUGAAAAUGAUGCAGGCACAAAUAAUGGUUCUGAUCCCAGUGGUGAUGCUGACCCUACAAGUGGAGCUGAUUCCAACAGUGAUGGUGACUCUAACAAUGGAACUGAUUCCAACAGUGAACCUGACUCUAACAUUAAUAAUGCCACUAACAAUAAUGCCAACUCCAAAUAUAGUACUGAUUCUGAGGAAGACAAACACACUAACAAUUCAGGAGAUGCCUCUGGCCUAGACAGUCAUGUUGUUCAGAACUGUACUGCUGAAUCCAACAAUGACACUAAUCCAGACUACACCUCUAGGCUCCAAAAUGGAACUGGCUUGGACUACACGUCUGGUUCCAAUAGUGGUGCUGGGCCCAGCAAUGCCACUGGGUCAGGCAAUGACAUUUGCUCCAACAAUGAUACUGGCCCUAGCAAUGGACCUGGCCCCAACAACAAUAGACUUGGCCCUAACAUCAAAGUAUCUGGCUUCCAAAACAAUGGCUCUGACUCCCAAAAUAUCAGACCAGGUCCCAACGACUCUGGCCCCAACAUCAAUGGCCUUGGCCCCAACAAUAGCCCUGUCCCCAACAACAAUAGUCCUGGCUCCAACCAUAAUAGCCCUAGCCUUAAGAAAGACUCUGACUCUAACUUUAAUUCCAGGCCUAGUAAUGCUACUGAUCACAAUAGUGCUAUUAGUCCUAACAAGGAUACUGACUCCAACUAUGAUACAAAACCCACCAGUGCUGCUGGCCGCAACUACGCAGCUAUCUCAAACUAUGACUCAGACUUUGACUAUGUCCCAGGAUUUACCCAUGCAGUAGGUUCUAGCUUUGUAGUCAAUCCCAACUAUAUUGCCAGAAACAGCUAUGCUGCCAGACCCACCUCUACAUCUAACACUGUCAAUGUCACUGAUACCAGCAACACCACUAGUUAUAGUGGUACCGUUAGCCCUAGCUAUACUGCUGGCACCAAUUGUGCCUCAGAUAGUAACCAUGACCCUAGAUUUACUCAUAUCAUUGACUGUAACUCUGUAAUCAACCCCAAUUAUGAUGCCAUAGGUACUCAUAAUGUUCGUAAUUCUACUAGUACUAGCAAUAUUGAUAAUCUCUCUGAGCCAGAAUUGGAAAUUGGUGCUGAUUCCUCUAUUUAUAAUAUUUUUUAUGGUAACUCUCCCACUUUUGCUGCUGGCACUAUUUAUACUUCAACUCUUGAAAAUCUGACCACCUCUAAGUUUUAUUAUUCAUCUAAGCUUGGUAGAAAUUAUACAACUUUUGAUGAACACAAAUGUAGUGCCUGCCUCAAAGUCUUUGCUGGCUCCAUGGACUCUGCUAGUUUUCAUCAUGCCACUGAGUCCAAGGAUGUCCUUGAUGCCAAGGAAUGUAGCUUUUUAAAAGAUUUCUCUAGGGUCCAGAAUUCUAUUGGUAUCAAGGAUCUUGCCAGUUUAAAUUUCCACUCCAAUUCAAGUAUUUUGCUCCCUAGUUUUGAUAUUAUAGUAGAAGCUGAACUACCAGAUGUUGUGAAGUUUGCUAUAUCAUCAGGUGCUGUAAAUCAAUUUUUUAAGCUCAACCUCCAGACAGGUAUCAGACAAAGCCUUGGCACUUGAUUAAUGAAAAGAAUACCUUGAGAUGGAAAAGACAAAGGCACAGCCAAGAAGGUUUUAAGGAUAUGAGCAAAUAACUUCGAAAAUUGCACAGUUCCCUCAGCAAUGUUUCUUAUAUGUUCAUUCUCACAUCCCUUCCCCGUUACGUGACCAUGCCUUUAUUGUCUAUUGGGGCCAACAGUGUUGCUUCAGAAUACCAUGUGACAAUUGGCCGAUUCAUCUUAUUUGAUUCUGGCAGACUCUGGAAUUAGGAAAAGGACACACUGUGGUCCUUUCUAGCAACCAUAUAAAAUAAUUUGAUAUUGUUAAUGACUCAAAAAUGCAGUCAGAUUUUUCAACCAGAAAUUCUCUUCAUCUUUUGUGUAAGUCCCUGUCUCUAGAAAAAGAUGGUCUUAACUUUUGAAAAAUCUUAUAACAGAUGCCUUUAAUAUUGUGAUGGCCACUCUAGAUUUAAU